AUGGUGACCCUGUACACGACACUUGUCAGACCUCAGCUGCGGGAUGGUGUGUACAAUGUCAGCCUGUUUCUGCGGACGAUCGCGGUCAACGCGGCCUCCAACCCCAGCGUGGAGAUCCAGCAGGACGGGGAGAGCUUCUACAUCCGCACGGCCACCCCGGUCAGGACCACCGAGAUCCGCUUCCGGGUCGGGGAGGAGUUCGAGGAGCAGACCGUGGACGGGAGGCCGUGCAAGAGUCUGGCACGGUGGAUUGCCGAGAACAAGAUGGAGUGCGAGCAGACGUUACUGAAAGGAGAGGGCCCGAAAACCUCCUGGACCCGGGAACUCACCAGCAAUGACGAGCUGAUCCUCACCAUGACAGCCAACAACGUGGUGUGUACACGUCUUUACGUUCGGAAGUGAUUCGGGAACCGGGCUCUGGAGUGGACAAUAGAAAAUACCAAACGCCGAGAGAUUGCCCUGUCCUCACACCCCUCACCGUCGGAACUCCUUCGUAAACCGGCCCACUGGAGAUCCGGGCACCCACCCCAUCACCCCCCACACUUCCCAGAAUGGACUCUUCCACUGUCUCCCCUUGCUGCCCCAUCUCUAUCUCUAUCUCUGUCUCCCCCCGGGUGGGUUUGAGUGGAACAGACCAACACCCCUCCCCCCCAUGCCCCCCCGGAAUGUUACCCCACCCCCGCCCGGGGUUCCUGUUUGCCACUUUCUGGGAUGGAUGACCCCACCCGCUCCAAUGGCUCCUCCCGGGGGGAUGGAUGGAUGGAUGGACCGUCCCGUUAGACGCCCCUCUCCCUCCGCGGUGGCCAUUCCAGUUCCUGCCCUUCUCCCGGGAUGAGUCUUCUCUCCUUUCCCCUCCUCAGCAGAGUGGACCCCCUCCCACGGUCCUCCCCUUCCCCUGUGAUGGACUUUCCCCUUCCUCCCCCCCCUCCCAGACUGUCCACUUACCCCCCUCACUCCCAGGACAGACCCUCCAAUUCCCCCUCACUCUCGGGACAGACCCUCCAAUUCCCCCUCACUCCCAGGACAGACCCUCCAAUUCCCCCUCACUCCCAGGACAGACCCUCCAAUUCCCCCUCACUCCCAGGACAGACCCUCCAAUUCCCCCUCACUCCCGGGACAGACCCUCCAAUUCCCCCUCACUCUCGGGACAGACCCUCCAAUUCCCCCUCUCUCCCAGGACAGACCCUCCAAUUCCCCCUCACUCCUGGGACAGACCCUCCAAUUCCCUCUCUGUCCCGGGACAGACCCUCCAAUUCCCUCUCUGUCCCGGGACAGACCCUCCAAUUCCCUCUCUCUCCCGGGACAGACCCUCCAAUUCACUCUCUCUCCCAGGACAGACCCUCCAAUUCCCUCUCUCCUAGGACAGACCCUCCGAAUCCCCUCCCCUGCGGGGGGGGGGAUCCCUCUCAAUAUCUCCUCACCCUUUCCCCAGGACACACCCUCCAAAUUCACCCAGGAAUCCUGUCAGCUCUGGGUGGUUCUCCGAGGGGAAUGGGGAAGGGCUUUGGGCUGCUCUCAACGGUACCUUGCCCUCCCCCCCGGCCCCCCCCCCCCCCCCUCCCCACCACCCAAACACCCACUGCCUCUCCAGCGCUCAGGUCCAGACCCUGGUAUUCCUCCCCUUCCCCUCCCACACAACGCCCUGACCCUCCCGUCCCCUCUCCUUAGCCCUAGCACGCGUCUCUCGCUCUCUGACCCUCUCGUCGUGUAUUUUUUUCUCUCUCUCUGUAACUUGUGGAAUAAACGGUGCACCAGGGUGGUCUCCU